CCAUGGUGGGACCUAUAAUAUCAGUUAUCUGAUUACUCAUACUGUCAUGAUUCAAGUUGCCUCUAGGUAUUAUGGCUACUGGAGCAGUCAAUGUGGUGAGAGGUUCAAGAUCUUCAGUUGAUGAACUUUUCCAGAUAUACAGCCAUUCUGACAGUGUUGCGCUUGUGGUUGAUAAUCCUGAAAUGUACAAUAGAAUUGCGGAUGCUUUCAGUUCCCAGGCCACCUUACAAUUUGUGAUUCUCCUUUGGGGAGACAAAUCAAGCUUGUCAAGUGAAGUAGAGGGAUUGCCAGUUUAUUGUUACCAAGAGAUCAUUGAUUUGGGCCAUGAGAGUCGUAGGGCUUUGCUUAGCUCCCAAGAUGCUAGGCAACAAUAUGCAUAUGAAGCCAUCAGCUCUGACGAUGUAGCUACACUCAUCUAUACAAGUGGAACCACUGGCAAUCCAAAAGGAAUCAUGCUUACACAUAAGAAUAUCCUGCACCAGAUUACAAAUUUAUGGGAUAUUGUCCCUGCUGUACCUGGUGAUAGAUUUCUAAGCAUCCUUCCACCAUGGCAUGUAUAUGAACGCAGUUGCGAGUAUUUCAUAUUCACAUAUGGGAUUGAGCAAGUAUAUACAACGGUUAAAAACUUGAAGGAUGACUUGCGGCGCUAUCAGCCUCAUUAUCUAAUAUCUGUGCCUUUAAUUUACGAGACACUAUACAGUGGAAUUCAGAAGCAAUUUGCUACGAGCUCUGCAGUUCGGAAGUUUGUUGCACUUCUGUUCUUAAGGACUAGUAUGGCAUACAUGGAGGCCAAAAGAGUUUAUGAGGGAAAAUGUUUAACAAGAUCUCCAGAAGAACCAUCCUACAUAGUUGCUGUGUUGGACUGGGUAUACGCAAGAAUUAUUGCUGCAAUAUUGCUGCCACUACAUAUGUUGGCUAGGAAAAUUGUUUAUAGCAAAAUCCAUGCUGCAAUUGGAAUUUCAAAGGCUGGCAUAAGCGGAGGUGGUAGUUUGCCUUCUCACAUUGACAAAUUUUUCGAGGCAAUUGAUGUCAAAGUCCAAAAUGGGUAUGGCUUAACAGAGUCAUCUCCAGUCGUUGCUGCUCGAUAUCCUGAUUGCAAUGUUCUUGGUUCAAUUGGACGUCCUAUCCAACAUACAGAGGUUAAGGUUGUGGAUGCUGAAACAGAUGAAAUUCUUCCGGCAGGUUCGAGUGGCAUUGUCAAAGUCAGGGGGCCACAAGUGAUGAAGGGUUACUACAAGAAUUCCACCGCGACAAAGCAAGCCAUAGAUGAGAAUGGGUGGCUUAAUACUGGUGACAUUGGAUGGAUAGCACCUCAUCAUUCUUUGGGGGCAAGUCGUCAAUCUGGAGGUGUUAUAGUUCUUGAGGGGCGUGCAAAGGACACUAUAGUGCUUUCAACAGGUGAAAAUGUUGAACCAUCAGUGAUUGAAGAAGCUGCAAUGAGAAGUAGUCUAAUUCAACAAAUUGUUGUCAUUGGCCAGGAUCAACGACGUCUAGGAGCUAUUAUCGUGCCAAACAAAGAAGAGGUUAUUUUGGCAGCUAAGAAGUUGUCUAUCUUGGAUUCUGAUGCUUCUGAACUCAGCAAGGAUAAGAUGACUAGCUUGUUAUAUGAAGAGUUACGGAGAUGGACAUCCGAAUGCCCAUUUCACGUUGGACCAAUCAUCAUUGCUGAUGAACCAUUUACGAUUGAUGCUGGUCUAAUGACUCCAACCAUGAAAGUGAAGCGAGACAAAGUUGUAGCUGAAUACCAGGAACAAAUACAGAAUAUAUACAAGUGACAUCCUACCCAUAGAGUUGGAAGAACCAUUGGUCUGCAUUUACCUGUACGCAGAACUUGAAUUCGUUUUCUGAGUGUGAAAGUCUAGUCAUAUUUCGUGUUAUAAUGAUAGUGCUAGAUAUUCCAAAAUGACAACUCUGUAGACUGUAGACAGAUGAUUUUGGAUUGUAAUAUCAUCUGCUAUAGCCUUAAAACUCAGUUAAUUCCAAGGUUAUGGAAACCUAUAAGUUUAAUCUAUGUGAUAUGUUAUUGCUUCAGUGCUAACACACAA